AUGCGUCCCCAUCUUGUUUCUGUUCUCCUUUUCAUUAGCACCGGCAAGUUGGCAACUGCAGCGCCAGCACUUACCAAUAACCACCACCCGCUGCUCAACUCGCCACUCUUCAACACCCCUUUGCCGCCACCCCCUUUCCCCCUAGGGCGGGUCUUCCCCAGGCUCUUUCGCCCGCCCCAAGCCCUAAAACUCGACGCAGCCGACCUCGAUACGCGCUCCCACCACCACCAGCCCUUGGAGAACCCAAAGCAGCAUGGCCCCCUGGGCGCCAUCACAGUCACCGACAACGCCCCCCUCACUCUCACGCCCGUAUCAACGCUCCCCCUCCCCGACGCGGAAACCACCCCAAGCACAACAGAAGCCCCUAACCCAGCAACCGACUCCUCCACCGCCAGCAGCAACAACAACACCAGCGACCCAACCCCCGGCUCAGUGAUCAUCAUCCCCGCCAACACCAUAUCAAUGCUCCCCCCCGGACCAAGCCCCAUGCCAACCAUCACAACAACCACACUCCCAGCCUCAACCCCUACUACAAACAACACCGACACCGACACUGACACCACCACCGCGCUCCCCGCCGUAAUCGCCCAGUCCGUCACCUUCCUCGAAACAGUCGCCUUCACCACCACCGUCCUGCCCGCGGUGACAGUCACGGGGCUGCUGACGCUCACGAGUGUGGUGGUGGUUAGCGGGACGCCGGUUGGCGGGGCGGUGGCGUUUACUACUGUUGUUGGUGUUGCUACUGGUGGUGGUGGUGACGCGGUUGCUACGGCGGCGGCGGCGGCGGUGGUGGUGGUUAACUGA